GUUUGUUGAUGUUUUGUUGAGAGUAACAUGGCGGCCCGCUGGAGCAGCGAGAAUGUGGUGGUGGAGUUUAGAGACGCUCAGGCUACUGCAAUGUCAGUGGACUGUUUAGGACACCAUGCUGUACUUUCUGGGAGACGGUUCUUAUAUAUUGUGAACUUGGAGACCCCUUCUGAGGCUCCUCGAAAAAUAGGCCGUCAGAGCAAGUGGGAUGUUGGAACUGUGCAGUGGAAUCCCCACAAAACAGAAGCCCACCUGUUUGCCGCAUCAAGUAACCAGCGUGUCGACCUGUAUGUUUGGCGUGAUGGAUGUGGAGAGGCACACACUUCCCUGCAAGGCCACACGCGAGUUAUAAGUGAUUUGGAUUGGUCCUGGUUUGAGCCAGAAUUUCUUGUUACAAGUUCUGUGGACACAUACAUCUAUAUAUGGGACACAAGAGACACUCGGAAACCCACAGUGGCCCUAUCUGCAGUGGCGGGGGCUUCUCAGGUGAAGUGGAACAGAAGGAAUCAGCACUGCCUGGCUUCCAGUCAUGAUGGAGAUGUCAGAAUCUGGGACAAAAGGAAACCUAAUACUGCUGUUGAAUAUGUAGCCGCUCACUUAUCAAAGAUUCAUGGCUUGGACUGGCACCCCGAUAACGAGUAUAUACUAGCAACUUCCAGCCAGGACAACUCAGUUAGGUUCUGGGACUACAGACAACCUCGAAAGUACCUCAAUAUCUUGUCCUGCCAAGUUCCUGUUUGGAAGGCGAGAUACACUCCCUUCUCUAAUGGGUUGGUGACAGUGAUGGUGCCGCAGCUCAGGCGGGAGAACAGUCUGCUGCUGUGGAGCACCCUAGACCUCAACAGCCCUGUUCAUGCCUUUGUGGGUCACGAUGACGUGGUGCUAGAGUUUCAGUGGAGGCCUCAGAAAGAGGGUUCCAAAGACUGCCAGCUUGUUACAUGGUCCAGAGAUCAAACUUUGAGGAUAUGGAGGGUAGAUCCUCAGUUACAGAAGCUGUGUGCUAAUGACAUUGUAGAGGAGCUGAUGGAAGGCUUGACUCUCACAAAUGAAUCAGAGAAGACACUCCGUUCUCAGGACUCUGAACCCCCACUCAGUCCUAGCCUUACUGUAGAUGACUCACAAGGUCAGAUUGAGAGCCUGCAGUCUGGCCUGGUGUCCAGUGGCAGGCAGGACAGCCCUGGCCUGCCCCAGACCCUGCAACAGGAAUUCUCUUUGGUCAACCUGCAAAUCCGCAAUGUUAAUGUAGAGAUGGAUGCUUUAAAUCGCACAUGCUUUGUGUCAGCCCACUGUGGAGCCAAUCAGGUCAGGCUUGUGGUGAAGUUUCCAGCACAGUACCCAAACAACGCUGCACCAUCUUUCCAGUUUGUCCCACCAACAACCAUCUCAUCCUCCAUGAAGACCAAGAUACAGAAGAUCUUGACAGAUACUUCACUUCAGAAAGUAAAAAGAAACCAGAACUGCCUGGAGCCCUGUGUGAGGCAGCUGGUGUCUUGCCUGGAGUCAGAUAUGGAGGAUGGCACAAAUCCACAUGUUUUCACCAACUCAGUGACCCCAGCUCUUCCUGCCUUCCCUCGUGUCACUAACACUUAUGGUUCCUACCAGGAUGCCAAUAUUCCCUUCCCGCGCACCUCAGGUGCACGCUUUUUUGGCACAGGUUCUUUAGUGUACUUUACCCGGCCCAUGUCUAUGCAUCGUACCGUCCCUCCUACUGAACCCACUCCUAGAUCACUUUCAGCACUCUCUGCAUACCACAGUGGCUUGAUGACACCCAUGAAGAUGCGCAGUGAGUCUCAGGCCACCCUGAGGCUGUACAGUGGCAGUCCCACACGCACAGAUAAAGAGCAUGUCUCCAUCUCCUCCUUUUACUACAAGGAACGGAAGCCCCCUCUGUCUGCCCCUCGCCGCUGGUCUGUGCAGACUAUUCAUGACUGUCCGAAAUCACGGCGUUGGAAAGGGAAACGAGAAGGAACAGACUACAACAACAGACCUAUAAAACUGGCGGGAAAAGUCAUCAUUCAGGAGAUCUCCUGCCUACUCCCUAUUCACAAAGCCCUUGCUGAGACUUAUGUACUAAAUGUGAACGACAUACAAGACACAUGUCAAAAGAAUGCAGCUGCAGCGCUGGCAGUAGGACGCAGAGAUUUAGCAAAGGUAUGGGCCCUGGCCUCUGCAGCUACCAAUCUUGACCUCUGUCCUGACUCUGACCCUGACGCUGACACUCCUUGGGCCAGACACCCUUUCGGACGAAAACUGCUGACGACUUUGGUUGAACACUACAGUCAGAUGAGUGAUGUGCAGAGUUUGGCCAUGCUGUGCAGUGUGUUCAGGGGUCAGGGGAUCCCCCAAGACUACUUCACCCUGUAUGGGCCACGCUCUUCAGGCUUCACCCUACACCACUCCCGCUACCCCAGCUACACUUCCAGUUCUGUUACAUCUGGUUCCUGCUCUAGUACCUCAGACUCCACCACCACCACUACGUGGAACGCCACUGGGCGGGAUUCAGAACAGCCCCCACCCUGGGGAGAGUCCUCCCCUGAUGACUACCGCUAUGCAAACCAGUUAUACCCAGACCCACGGGAGCGUGAAAAAGAGCAGCAUGACAUGAACAAAAGAUUAUUGGAUCCAGCCAAUACCUUGCAGUUUGAUGACUUCAAGAAAUGUUAUGGAGAAAUUCUGUACCGGUGGGGCCUGAAGGAGAAGAGGGCAGAGGUUCUGAAAUUUGUUUCUUGCCCUCCAGAGCCACACAAGGGUAUAGAAUUUGGAGUGUACUGCUGCCACUGUCGGAGCCAGGCCAGGGGAACUCAGUGUGCUGUGUGUAAACGCUUUACUUUCCAAUGUGCUAUCUGCCAUGUGGCUGUGCGUGGCUCCUCCAACUUCUGCCUGAGUUGUGGGCACGGUGGGCAUACCAGCCACAUGAUGGAGUGGUUCCGCUCUCAAGAGGUUUGUCCAACAGGCUGUGGCUGCCACUGUCUACUCCAAAGCACUUUUUGAAGCCUCUUUAAAUCCCUCAAUGCAUCCAACCAGGUCCCAGGAUGUGCCUCAAACCUCUUAGUACUGUAACAAGGCUUGGUCUGCCCAUCUUAGCAGACCAUGCUGUCACUCUGUGAAACAGCACUGAAAAACACAAUGGAUUCUUGCACUGCUCUGGCCGACUGGCCAUAAUGCAAGUAACACUUACAGUUAGGAUGGAUUGAAAAUAGCCUUAUUUAGUAAUAUACAUUCACAGGAUAGCACAAUUUUUGUUCUUAUUUUUAAAUUGAUGUAGUUUGAUUGCUCUACAUGGUGCCAAGAAACUGAAAGUGAGCACCUGUAGAAAGAGAACUAAAUGUGCUGCUGAUUUUACAAUCAUGGUCAUGUGGCCUAAAAAGUGUUUUCUUCUGUUUCAGUUUGUUUGGUCUUUUCAUUUGAAAAGAAUAUUUAAGUAUUGUGCUCUUCCAUAAGGGAAUAUUGAAGGACUAACCAGCAUUUACAAAGUUUAUGCCAUCAAUUCAGAAAUAAAUUUGUUUAAGUACCUGCA